CGCUCUAAUUUUGCCAGACAAAAUGGCGGCCUGUUUUUGUUGUUUCCGGUGUUGGCCCGGUGGAGGUUUUCGAAGCGGGCAUGUACCGCUGAAAGAAAUUCCGACUGUCACAUUGGACACCUCACACAUGGGGAGCGACGUGGUCAUCGUAAAAUCAGGACGAAGAAUAUGUGGAACAGGAGGAGCCCUCGGCAAUGCCCCACUAGUCCAAGACAAGGCUUACUUUGAAAUGAAACUCCAGUCAACAGGAAACUGGGGAUUCGGUGUCGCUACCCGAAAAUGCAGUCUGAACAUCCUGCCUCUGGGGAGCAAAGCAGAGAGCUGGAUGCUGAGAUCAGAUGGUACCAUUUACCACAACGGGGAGUGUCUGAAUAAGCUGGAGGCAGAAAUUGCCGAGGGUGAUAUCAUCGGGAUCACAUUUGAUCACAUCGAGUUAAACUUUUACAAGAACGGUACUCCCCUCAAUUUGCCUAUCACAGGAAUCCGUGGGACAGUCUACCCAGCAACAUAUGUUGACGAGGGUGCAAUUCUCGAUGUGCAAUUUAGUGAGUUCUACCACACACCACCAGCUGGCUUUGACAAGGUCAUGUUUGAGCAGUCGUUAUUAUGACAUUAUUUUCAUCCCACAAGGAACUGGGCAAGCCUGUUUUGCCGUUUCGCCGCCACUGGCAUUUGCCUCUUGCCGCAACAACUCUGAUCAUGCAAUUUGCUGAGACGUACCGUAAUGCAGCUACAAACACAAAUCGGUUACGCACUGGUACAAGUUGCUUCUCACAUCCAAGCCACGGGAUGCAUGCCUUGUCCAGGAAGGAUGUCUUUUUUGCACAGCUGCCCUCAAUGCAAAGUUGUAUGCAGUGUGGAUGGUACUUUCAUGGUUCAACUUGAGAAGGUGUCUGCAGUGUUGUACAGUACGUGUAGCCGACUACUUACUCCAGUGUCAACAUCAUCAAAGUGCAUUUGCACGCAAGUUCAAAGAGCAAGUUCCGACACUAUUGAGUUUGAGAUUUCGACGUUGAGUCUGAACCAUUCCAACUCGUCCGUUUUUGAGUCAUUGUACUAUGGCAGUGUAACAUGAAUGUAUAUUUGCUUAUAGAGCCCAUGCUUCAGAACGUUGGUCGAUAGAGCCUUGAUAAAUGAAUAUUAAACACCAGCAGCACCUGAAUGAGAUUAACAACACUACACUGUGAUUGAUAAUCAGUUUUUGGAGUGCACUUUGUAGGAUUUGUCUAUGUGUUUGUUUGCAUGUACGGUGCCAUCCAGGUAUGUAGCAAUGUAAAGCAGUGUUAGUACGGUGACAUUCUGCAACCUGUCUAAAAGCUUGAUAUAAGGACACAGGUAGGUGCAAAGGGAACUUCAGGCAAAAAUAAUUAGAACUACUGUAAAUUGUUGAACUUGUGUAUCUGUACAGAUCAUAACGUAGCAUGGUUAGGAAAGGUGAAAAGUGGUCGUCUGUAGUAGUGGUGCUUAAUGUGAUGCAUAAGAAAAUAAAGUAACACAAGUGCAGGUUUUGACCUUGGUGUUUUAAGAGGCUAUGGUGAGUGAUUUUGGCAUGAAAAAUUCCCUAAUCAAUGAAAUUGGUUAGAUACGGUAUUUCUUGUUUGCAGUGCAGGUUGUGAAGACACUAGACUUGCUGGGGUCCACACAUUUUUCCCCCUUCUAAAAGGAACAGUUUUGGGGGGCUUUGUGGGGUAAUGAUUAUCCAUCACAAAAUGAAGAGGAACAGCCAAGAGAAUCAUCAAAAAUCUCAGUGGAGUAUUCACACUGUAAGGAAAAUGAACUGUGUGCGAAAGCAGAUGAGUAUCCACCCGAGGUGCACAAUGUUGAUGUGUGUACAUGUACAGUAAAUCCAAUCCAAGGGUUAUGACAGGCACUACCCACAGUAGGCUAGCAGCUUCACUUGCUAUGUGAUCUCUAGAGUGAAGCAAGCUCUUUCUGCAGGAUGCAUUAAAUUUAGGCAGUUUUGUAGAAGAAAUUUCAGAGAUGUGAGGUGCAGUGUCUUAUCUACCCACCUGUCCUUAGCAACAGCAAAACAAAUUUGGACAAGCCGUUUUUUUGCGUGUUCAAAUUUUACAAGCCCUCAUUUUUUCAUAAACCUUGAACCCUUGUGAACAAAUCCUCACUUUUUUCCCCAAUAGAUUGGGUACAGAGGAAAUACGGCCUCAAAUAGCACCUACAUGUACAGAUUUCAAUUUCAAAAAUUUACUGGGCCAGACAGUUUUGACCUUGGCCCAGGCUGUGCUUGGAAAUAAGAUAAUUGUCCCGGUUGGAUUUAAAGCCAAAUGCAGAAAGGUUUACUCCUAAUUGAACUCGGCUAAAAUAGUCUUCACACAAAAUAUACCAGUACCUUUGGAUGAGCAUACAUGUGCAUGCUGUAGGCUCUAGUCUUCUUGUUUCAGGACUGUUGCAGUACAUGUAUAUGCAUGUACAAAUUAUAUUUAAAUCAGAGGAUUGAGGACUGUUCAUAGGGUUAAUAUUUACAUGUAAUUCAUUUAGUGAAGUAGUUUGAGUAUGAGAUACAUGUGUGCUUCAAAACUGCUGUCAGGAAUGAUGUGGGAUAGUAUGAUGGUUAGAGUUUUAUUUUAUUGGGAUAAACUUUUACAAUUAGAUGACGACUGCUAUUUUGAAAAGAUGAAACUUACCUGCCAACUGGCCUCCCAUUCAAGAUUUUCUCAUGGAUAUGAAUGCCUAGGGUAAAUGGCAGUAUGACUUCACCGAAAACGCCAUCCUGCAAAGUGUCUUGAAACAAGCGUACAUCUGAAGUGGCAAUGUUAGUGUAUGUGUACAUCGUAUUUAUUGAGGGAUGCAAAGCACUUCCUUGGGGGAGGAGGGAAAAACCAAACAUGGGGGGGUGUGCCAAGUAGAAGAGUUUUGGGCCUAAAGAAAAGUGUGCAUAGUUAACGAUUAUAUGAUUAUGCCCUGUGAAUUUAUCACUGUAAUUCCUCAAAACAGAAAGUAGCCCCCGGCUCUAAUAGAGUACAUUGUAUAGUAUGUCUCAUAUGGCAAAGCAUGUCACUGGUAAGGCCAAGAAGGUCGGGGGGAGAACAUUUUGUGGAUUUUUUACCACAUUCAUGGCUUUUGCAUGCUUUUAGACAAAACAGAAAAGUCAAAUUUUAAAUCAGUAAAAAUGACAAAUUGUUCAGUAGAGACCAUGUGAAAUUACAUGUAUCACAUGGGAGGAGGCAUCUUUGCGGCAUGUGAACAUUUCUUUUGCAGAGGCCACAGAGGCACAAUUUUUACUUUGAGGGAUGAAUGUGCUGAUAGUGCUGUGUGGAAAGUACAUGUUUAUGUAGGAAGAACCUCGGUUGUAAAUAUAGUAAAUCGGUAUGCACUGGGGUUUUUUGGGUGGAAGUGUGCUACAUGGUAUAUGUAUUUAAAGAUCCAGCUUACAGAAAUACCCAUAUUAGGCAGAAUCACUGAGAUAGGAGAAAUAGAUCCCUAUUUUGUGAUUUUUUUACAAGAUGAUUUUUUACAGACAGAAAUACUCAUUUUAUUAUCCACCGCUAUAUACAUGUAGCAUGCCAGAUAUUUGUUACGAGGUUUUUGCAGAUUUAUGCAAAUUGUGUAACCUUUUGGCAACGUUGUUUUUCAUGCAUUAAAGUGGAGCACCUUAACCUUUUCUAGGGCAGUGUUGCCUUUAAAAGUUGUGUACGUGUCAAGGUAAUGUAUAAGGAAUAUAUGCCAACAGUUCAGCAUUAAAUGUUAUGCAAAGUGGACUUCGCAAGUUGGAAUCCA